CGGGCGCGCGGGGCAGCAAUGGCGGCGCCCUGGGCCCCGCCGGCCGCUGCCGCCCUCACGGUGCUGCUGUCGGUCGGUGCCUCCGCGCCCGGGCUGCUGCGGGGUGUCCCCGCCGCCCGCUCCGCCGCCGCGCUGCGCCCCGCAGCCCUGCAUGACGGGGAAGUUCACAGGUUGAUCACCUACAUCUUCGUCUACCAGGACCUGAUCUCCCUGGCCUGUGGUGCUGUCAUCAUCUGGUACUUUGCUGGCAGCUUUGAGAAGAACGUGGGCACAGUGAAGCACUGCAUCCUCACUGCUGCUUUCUCCAUGCUCUCCGCCCUCCUCUACCUCUUCCUCGAGCCCCUUGUCUCCAGGCUGCUGCAAGUGGGAGAUGCCCAGGGGUUCAUGCCAGUGGCUUUUGCCAUGCUGGGGGUUUCCACCACCCGCUCACGCAUGAAGAGGACUCUGCUUUUGGGGUGCAGAGUUCCUGUGGUGCUGGUGCCGUGGUUUGGGCUCUGUCUGGCGUGGUUUGUCCCCCACUCUUCUCUCUUGGGGAACCUGUGUGGGCUCCUGGUUGGGGAAGCCUAUGGUCUUGGCUACUGUUUCUGCUUGGAUUUUCCAGAGUCUCUGGGCUCUAAGCUGGACCGGGUGUUCCCUUUCACUCUGCUGAAGAGGAUCCCAGGGCUGAAAUACAUCCCAGGCUCCUUGGCAGAGAGGAGAGCCUCUGCAAACAGCAUGAUUAACGCGGUGCCUGGCACUUACCCCACCCAGAGCUACGGCUGCCCUUCGCCUCCGGCUCUUCCUGCUCACCCCAGUGCUCAGGGCCAGGGCUUUCAUCACCACAGCCACGCUCCGGGACACCAGGCACCUCAGCAGGGCCCUGCUGCGGGACACAGCCUCGGUUCUUCCCACCGCCAAGCCAGAGGUGCCUUUGGAGAGUGCCCUGGGCAGGCCCACGCCGGAGCCUCGCCAGGACAGUGCUGCCAGCCGGGCAAAUUGUGUGUCCCACAACGUGUGUGCCCGGCUCAGCCACAGCCACCCGCAGCCACAGGCCUUCUGGCUGGUGUUCAGCAAGCACCAGGGUAUCCAGCAGCCCCAGUGGCCCCUGUUUCAGCUGAAUUUACCCGAGUCCAGGUGUACUGAUCCUCCAGAGAGCAGCAGGACUCACACAGGGGCAGGACUGCUGUGUGAGGCUCGCACGGCAGUGCUUUGCUGGGAUCUGUGCUGUGUCUGGGUGAGUGUUGGUAGCUCCAGUGAAGGCCAUUCCCCUGCUCCCUGGCACAGUCUACUUCAAUUAUAUUUCCUUUAUAAUUUUUUUUUUUUUUUUUACUUUUUGAUGUGGCUGGAGGAUGGGAACUAUAUCACCUCUGUGAACUUCUCAUCCUUUUUAAGUCGUUCUUCUUUGCUGCAUUUAGCAGCUGCCUUUCUCCACAAGUCCACUGGAGUUCCAGUGCACCAGCUCCCCAGGCCAGGGUAGGAACCUCACUGGCAAAACACUGAGCAAAUCUGGGGUUUAGCUAAGCUGCAGCAAUAAGCACUUCCCAUUUACAUUCCUGUCUUUCUUUACAGGUGUGAUGUAGCUAGAACCCAAAAGAGUGGGAAUCAUAUGAGCCUUAGUUUGUAACUUAAAAUUAAAUUGAGGAGGACAAUGUCUGUUCUACUGGUGACUUGUCCACUUAAGAGAGUGCCUCGAAGGGGCUUGUUACACCAACCUGGGGCAAGAGGAUAGAACACAGAGAACCUUCUUCUGCCCCAAAACACAGCUGUAAAAUGCUGAAGGCCCUGUGCCUGCAUCAAUGGAUUGCCUUCAUUUUCUGAGAGCAUUGCACCAGCUCAGCCUGUAUCACCAGCACUUGGCAACCUCAAAUGCCUGUGAAGUAGUGAGAGACUUUUCAGUAAGGGGUUUUUGGCCCUUUGUGGAGCAAAUAUUUAUAAAUCCAAGGAGCUGGGAGGGACCUUAACAAUGGGUUAGAAGAAUUAAGUGGAAUGUAGCAGUGCUGUUGGGGGUGUUCACACUGCUCAGCUUCAGAAAUCUCACCCACCAAUAUUAGCACAAUCUCUCUGUUUUUUUCAGAGUUGUGGGCAGGUGUGUGGGAGAGGGGAGUUUUCAGCCAGGGAUUUACAAUAGGAUUCAUUGUUUGGUGCCUGAGGCUAUAAUGAAGGAGUUUGGUCCAGUUGCUGAGAUUUGAGCUUUAUUCCCAGCUCUGUAGCCCACUGUACAGUGCCCAGGAGGAAUCUGCUGUCUCAGUGUCUGUAAAUCAGCCAGGAUCUCAACAAUUGCCCUUGACUCUACUUGGAGUUUUGCUGUGCUCCAUAAAAAAAGUGCUCCAUAAAGCACAAAGUGCCAUUCCUGCUCUUGGGGAUGUUCUUGCAGUGCCUCACCCAUCCCCAGAAACUCAACAGCCUCGGGGCUCCUCCCUGCUCUGGGUGAACCUGGCCAGAGGCAGCUCUGGCACAUUCCAAACCACAUCCCUGCCUCUUUCAUGUUUCCAUCGUCAGGGUGUGAACUAACCCUGCGUUGUCAUCCAGCUGCUUUACUUCUCCAGCAGCCCCUCUGGAGCCACUGCCAUGGUCCCAUGUGGGAUCAGGGGCUUCCUUCUGGAGGAGACCAAAGUCAAUGCUGAGGACUUGCACCUCACACAAGUAAGACAUGAGUAAGAAGCUCUUCUUGUGAAGGUGAGCACCCAGGCAGGGCUUUCAGCAGGAGGAUGCAGCAACUUGGGAACCAACUUGGAGUUGGGGGACAGCUCUGUUUCAUACCUGAUUAUUUCUCUCCUCUGUGGGAUCACAAAUGGACUUGAUUGCCUGUUUUUCCUGCUGACAGCAAUUGCAUUGUUAUACUUUAGCAGGAUAAGGAGCUUGUUUGGAAUUUCAAAGCAUGCUUUUAAUACCAGGACAGAAAUGCUAGAGAUAACAUUGAAACGUUGACACUCCACUCCUGUUAGUGCCUUGAUUUUCCUCCUUGUGAAAUCCUUGCCUGUAAACUUAGGAAUUUUACCACUGAUUUUUUUUCCAGAAGGAUGAUGAGGAUCAACAGCAAUCACAAAUGUUGCGUGUCUCCAAACUGUGAACUUGAAAUAGAAUCUGAAAGACGGACUGGUUUUCUCUGGGUUUGUUUAGAAGUGGGGAGCUGGAGCGUGCCCCUCCAGGGGAUCUGUGGGGCGAGAUCAGUGGGAUGUGAUCCCUGGGGCGGGAUCAGGGGUGGGAUCAGUGGAGCGGGAUCUGUGGGGCGGGAUCAGGGGUGGGAUCCGUGGGGCGGGAUGGGCGCAGCUGUGUGUCAGGCGCACUGAGGACGAGCACUGGGGACGCGCGGUACUGCACGCUGCAAAACGCUGCAAUCCGGUUGUUUUUGCUCGUCCAGCUAUCAGUCGAUCUGGUGAGGGAGUCGCUGUCCCCGCAGAGCUGUCACGGGGAUGUGUUUCCAGGGAGCAGUUUCCUGGCUUUAUUGCCAGGAAGCUCUGUAGGAGUCACGCAGGAACAGCCCCAGUCCCAGCUGGUGCAAACUUCCCUCCAGCAGGGAAGGAGCAGGUCCCAGCCACGAACCUUUCUGUGCUGGGACAAGACAACUGCCACAGCCUUCCAGGUGAGCCCCGAGGACAGGACUGAGCACAAAACCCCAGUUUGGAUUCUUUUUCUUUCUGCUCCCAGAUAUUUUGGGAGCUUCUUGGUGACUGUGGCAGAUCACUUGGUCUCUCUGAUUUCUGCAGCUUCCACCAUGUCCCCAGGAGUGUUUUGAGUCCAGCUGCACCUCCUGCUCAUGUGCAAAGUGUUGAACCUGUCUUCAGUGCCCUUCAGCUGGAUGGAUUUUGUGAGGAUUUCUUUUCUGUUCCCUGCUUUUCUGAGAGCAUCCAUUCCGCAGUGAGAUGCUCUUGGACAGUGGAGUCCAACAAGUCCCAGUUCCUCAGGGCUGGGGGUGAAUUCAGAACUCAUCACCCAGUGAAGUGAAGUGCUGAGAGGGAGGAAGCAGGUUGGGAUGAGAAUUUGCAAAUGUGUCUAAGGCUGGGAAGAGGAUUUAAAUUUGGAAGAGAGGGAGGUAAAAGUCAUCAGCUCGCUGGGCUUUGGCAUGUGCCUGUCUAAGCUCACAGUAAUGCUACUCAUCACACAUUGCAGUACCCCCUCAUUUCCUUGGUGGGGAGACAGAGAAUUGAAGUUCCUAAAGCAGGAAAAAAAAUUUAAAAAGGAAAAAAAAGAAAAAAAAAUCAAUAACCUCCCAGUUCAGCCUGGGAUGGCUGCCCCUGGGGUUACUGCCCCUGGGAACGUGCUGUCCCUGCAGGGUUGUUAUUCUGUUUCUCUGGCUCAUUCCUAGUAAAACUGCCACUUCAUUGCAUGCCAGGAUUGUGUCUGUCCACAGGGUGUGCAGAGAGUCCAGAAAGCCCCGUGGGUUGCCCCCGUGUCCUCAGAGGGUCACUGCAGAGUGACAGUCUGGGGACAGUGCUGGGAGCAGAGCCAGCUGUUCCCUGUCCUUGGAGUAGUUGUCCUGCCAUGGGAAGGAUGCUCUGGAAGUCCAAGUCCAUCCCCUCUGCUCUUCACCUCCCACCAAGGGAAAACAGGCAGGGAUACACAAGGAAAGCAGAACUGACUGGGACCUCCAUUGCUGCCCCAUGCAGGAUGAGAGGGGACCCACAAAGUGGGGAGCCUGGCAGGGGACAUUGAUGCUGGCAGGAAAACGGGUCUGUGCUUCCUUGCUUGCCUGUCAUUAGCUUUUGGCCAAGCACACCCAUGCAGACAUGCUGACUGGGGGCCAGGUUCCCUGUGCCAGGGCCAGGACACUGCCAAACACCACCUCCAUGGCUGUCCCAUGGUGUCCCCUGUUGUUUGCUGGCACUGUGGCCAAAAGUUCAGUCUCAAACUGUGCUGGGAACAGAGAAGAGCUGGAGAGGUGGCAGAAACAGGCAGAGAGACAAAGCACUGACCAAAGAGGUCUCUGUGGGCUGCAGGACUCUGCUGCUUGCCCCUGGGGGGUUUGGGCUGGGUGUGAUGAGCCCCCAGCCCCUUCCCUGUGGGGACAGAAUGGGACAGGCUGUGCCAUGAUGCCAGUCUGGGCACCUGAUGGGAUGACCCCAGCUGUGGACCUGCUCUGUCCUGCUGUCCCCUCAGGGCCACUGGCACCUUUAAUCCAUGAUCAUUCACCCCACAGGGUGUGGUCACAGACCAGCCACCCCAGAGAGCUUCCCUGGGGUCAGUCCCAAAGCUGAUGUGAGUGGCACCGGUACUCAGGUGACCUCACAGCCCUCGACCCUCUGCUCAGCUGCUGUCAGGAAACAGGCUGUCCCUGCAGCCCUGGGCUGCUGUUCUUUGGGUCUGUGCCCCCUCCUCACACCUCUUCAGGUGCCUGCCAGGCCCAGCUCGAACUUUGGACUUUCCUCAAGUCUUUUAUUGACUCUGGAGCAAACGUCAACACAGCGAUGGCGUCAGGAUGGUGACUUUGGAUGUGACAGCACCCAGCAGGCAAAGGGAGGAGACCCAGCCUGGGGUGACCCCACACAGCUGUGGGGCUGCUCGGUGGGGUCAGGGCAAGCUGUGCCUCUGGCUUUGACCAAGCUGGAAACAGCAGAGUUGUAACCCAGCUUCCCCCCCCAAAAAACCAGCAGGGAGGAGAGCAGCAGUCCCUGCGGGACCCGAGGUCUGGGUUGUGAAAUGUCCCACUGGGACUGCUGGGGAUGCUUCCAGAGCUGCUUGAGCAACUUCCUGGUGUGGCAGGGAGAGAAAGACCACCCCAAAACAUCCGAAUCAUUUGGGCUGUGGUUAAAUCAGGAGCAUGUGCUUGCCCUGGGUGAAGCAGCCCCCCGGCUCCCAGGGAGGAUGGCAGUGACUGGGUGCCAGCCACCACCGUGGGGUCACCUUGUCCCCCCACGGGGCCCUGGUCUGGGCAAUGACCGUGGGGGGAGCUGGGAGUCCCACACCAAGUGCACCCAGGAGUGGCCACAGACAGGGGUCCUGGGUCUGCAGGUCCUGGCUGAGCCCAGAGUUAGUGUCCAACUCUGACCUCAGCACGCUGGCCCAGUUCAUGACCCCAGACGUGACCCCACAGU